AUGAGCUCGGCACAGCUAGCCGCUUCGGCUGCGUUCCGAGCAAAUAAUCAAAAGACGCAACCGCCUUUGACCAAAAUCACCAAACCAGAGUUAAAGAAGCCGACCCCUUCGAAUUCUCCCAAACAGCGACUGAAGGAUGCUUCACCUGAGACAACCGACCCGCCUGCAAAGAAGAAGCCCACUGAGGUACCCAAUUUAUCCAAAGCUGCUGCUACUAAGUCCUCACAAGGUCAGCUCCAGCCUCAGCAACCAUCGAAAAAACCAAACCUCCAGAUAGAUUUGAGCAAUUCAAAGAACACUUCACAAGCAUCCUUGGCCACCGCAGCCGCUGAACACUCCGCAAAGAACCAGAAGUCCAGUGUAGGCUCUGGGUCAGUCUAUAAUACACCUUUGGUGAGAACCCCAGCAGCGGCAGCGGCGGUGUCGUCGUCAGAGAAGCUUUCACAAACACCAUUGCCCCGAGCCUCAAUAGAUGAUGACAACGUUUCUUUGAGCUCAGCCCAUAAUGAUUACUUCUGCAUUCCCAAGUUUUACCAGACAGAUAACGCCAAUGGACCGGGUGCCCUGCGUCUGCGUGUUAGCGUCGUCCUAGACCCAAAGGACAUGGUUGAGAACGUGAAACAGUCCAUAAAUUCCAAGGCCAAGUCUGGAUCAUCCAAAGAUGUGACCAAACGCAACCAGGAAGCGCUCAGUAACUUCAGACAGAGCGUGGAGCUGAAGAGGCAUUUUUCACAGAUACCGCAAGAACCCGACGUCAAUGCACUUGUACUUCGAGACUCAAGUGAAAGCCUGUCUCCUGGAGUGGCUCCAAGUGAUUCAGAAGGAUCGCUGCCGUCGUUGGAGCACAAGGUGUUUAAUAUCAAGGACCUUAAGAAGCUCAACACCUCCGGAUUGUCAAUGGACUCGUAUGCGUCAGACAGUGAAAAUGAGACACCAAUAACGCCCUCCAUUGCAAUAAUCGAUGCUGACGAAGAUGUCCAAGACAAUGACACCCUCAAGAAGCCGCCUUCUGCCCCUGAAAAGUCAAGCCAUCCCAUCCCUGUACCACCAUCCCCUCAUGCCGUUGCUCGAGGUAACGCGGGUAACGGAACAGGGGUUCCAGAGAUAGCUGCCCAGCUAUCACCCAGCCUGCCUGGUAAUGUUUCCGACUUGAAGCUUGAUGAGGCCUUAAAAAAGGUGAGGCGUAAGCCACCACCCGAACUAAUAGAAAGUGAGGGGAGCUCUGGCCGUCAAUCUUUCGACCAGUCCACAAGCAAUCCUCUGAGUGGGGCAGAAGAUGACCAGAAGUUCCCGCAAUUCCCCGAUAUCAAGGAUAAGAAGAAACACCGCCGGAUUUUCGGCCGGAGGAAGGGAGAGGCGGCUCAGACUGUACGAGAGCGUCAGUCAAUGGAUCUGCUGAACGAGGUUGAGAUAGACGAUGAGCCUGAACCUGAGACAAAGCCUACGAGCGGCAUCUCGCCAGUGAUUGCAAACCCACAUGUUGCCUUGAAGACGACCAUGAGAAAGAUGAAGAAGAAGGACAAGACGUUCGAUGAGAACAAGCCCUGGAAAAACCACAGCAAACUUAAUGAAGUCUCGGAUACCGAGAGGAAACGGUACGAAGGUGUGUGGGUAAGUAAUAAGGGCUAUUUGGUCAACAAGGUUGUUACUCGACUUGCAGGUGUGGACUACAACAAGAACUACACAGAAGAGGAGAAUGCAAGAAAGAGAGAACUUCUGAGGCAAGAUCCGCUGGAACUUGCGGCCAAGCUCUCGUCGGCUGCUGAACCUUGUAAUCAUGAAACCAUGGAGGACCAUAUCCAAGAGCGACACGGGCUUAAACUGGCCGAUCCACACGAACUCAUACACGGAAUUGUCGUAAAGCGUAUUUGGAAGAGGAGCAGGCUCCCUCUGGAAACGCUUGAGGCCAUUUGGAAUUUAGUUGAUUUUCGGAAGGACGGCACCCUUAAUAAAAUCGAGUUCCUUGUGGGCAUGUGGCUAGUGGACCAGUGUCUCUACGGAAGAAAGCUUCCAAAGAAGGUAGAGGAACAGGUGUGGAGUAGUUUAGGCAAUAUGGGCCUAAACGUUGUUAUCCGCAAAAAGCGGCGCUAA